AUGGAGAAUCUGGAGAAGCAGCUGAUCUGCCCCGUGUGCAUGGAGCUGUUCUCAAAACCUGUGGUCCUCCUGCCCUGCCAGCACAACCUCUGCCGCAAGUGUGCCAGUGACAUAUUCCAGUCUGCUAACCCUCAGUGGCAGUCCCGCAGUUCCUCCAGCAUCACAGCCAUUGGUGGCCGUUUCCGCUGUCCAUCGUGUCGCCAUGAGGUGGUGCUGGACCGGCAUGGGAUCUAUGGCCUGCAGAGAAACCUGCUAGUGGAGAACAUUAUAGACAUCUACAGACAGCAGGAGUCCUCCAGGCUUGUAAACAUAAAGUCAGAGAAGCAGCAGCAGCAUCUGAAGUGUGAAGAGCAUGAAGAGGAGAAGAUCAACAUCUACUGUCUGUCCUGCCAGACGCCGACCUGCUCCAUGUGUAAAGUGUUCGGACAACACAAGGACUGUGAAGUGGCUCCUCUCAGCAGCGUCUACUUGACUCAGAAGAAAGAGCUGAGUGACGGCAUCGCCAUCCUGGUCGCCAGCAACAACCAUGUCCAAGGAGUCAUCUCUCAGAUGGAAGACAUCUGCCACACUGUGGAGGAGAACGGUCAGCGACAGAGAGAGCAGCUGGUCAGCCAGUUCGACAGCCUGGUGGCCAUCUUGGAUGAGCGGAGGCAGGAGUUGGUGGGGCUGAUCACCAACGAGCAGGAUGAGAAACUUAAACAUGUUCGAUCCCUCAUCCGUCAGCACGGCGAUCACCUGGAGGCCGCAGCCGCACUGGUGGAGUCGGCCAUUCAGUCUAUGGAGGAGCCGCACAUGCCUUUGUUUAUACAGAGCGCCAGAGUCAUCCUGGAAGAGUAA